AUGGCUGCCCUACAUCUCAUGGUCGACUUUGGCGACGAAACGAACGAGGAGAAGACUGACUCUCUCGUCUUUGUUGACGAAAAGUCAGGCGGCGACACGAAAAGCCCAAAGGGCCAGAAGAAGAAGCGCGGCUCCCUGCUCUCGCUGCCAUGGGCAAAGAAAGAAGCCAAGGAGGUGACCGUCCCUGUCGUCUCACCGCAGUCUCCGUGGAAAGCUCCUCCAUUUACAGGCGGCACAGGCUACACUGAGCGCAAGAUUGCGACGCUUCUGUGUGACUUUCUGCAACCUGACAGCAAAUUGUCAAAUGACGAGGUGGUGACCUCCAUUCUUGCUUUGAUCCCGGCGAACGCGCCUUCGUCGAGAGAACUCCAGAGUUUUGGCGCUCUCUGCGUUGGACUUGCCGAACAGGUCCCGUACCACCAUCCAUCGCAGCUCAAGUUUGCGAGGCUUCUUCGAAUGCUAGCCAAGUCCCCCAAGUUCCUAAACAAGUACCGUCUGGACAAUACUGCCGAAGAUAUGCUUGCCUUUUUUCAACAUUUCAGAAAUUCGCUUACAGACGCGUCAGGCCUCGACGAGGAGUUUCCAUACGACUGGGUCAACAUCAACGCGUUUGAAGCCAAGCUGUGCGCCAUUGGUAUCUGGGGUACCACGCCCGGUCAGGGCUUUAUCCAACUGCGCUAUGUUUUUGAGCAGCCGAAGCGGUUAGAAGCCACUGCGUUUGAGACAAACACCGAGAUCAUGGCGGCAGCCCAAUGGAUCAUUUGGUUCGGCCAGAGCAUGUUCAAUUUCUUUCUGUACGACGAGGGCAGCGAGUCCAGCUACAUUUGUGAUCUAUGGAACGAAGAAGGUACUGUUCCAUUCCAGCCUCGCUCCUUGGAACGAUGGCGGUUUUGGGCAAAGAAGUUUGAUGAGGUUGGGAGCUGGUCGGAUGCCACGGACGAGUGCAAGGACUUGACCGCGCGGGCAGCGAGGAUCAUGCAUGCCUUGGAGGAGAAUAUGGUAUUUUCUGUUUGA